CUGAUUGCCAUGUGACUGUCCCUCAGGGUAAGAUGAGAGGUAAAGUGUGCAGUACUCCGUGUGGUAAACAGUACUAUAGCUUCGAAGGGAUACCAUACGCUAAACCACCCUUGGGGCCUCUCAGAUUUAGGGAUCCUCAAAAACUCGAUAACUGGUCUGGAGUACUUGACGCGACAAAACCUGGAAAUAAGGCCGUGCAAUUAAAUCCAUAUAACAAAUCUAUAGAAGGUUCAGAAGACUGCUUAUAUUUAAAUGUAUACACCCCAAUAUUGCCCGAUGAAAAAAAAGAAAAUCUUCCAGUACUAUUUUUCGUACACGGCGGUAACUUAUACAGGGGAUGGGCUCACAUGUAUCGUCCAGAUUACUUAAUACGUCACAACGUCAUUCUAGUAACAACUAACUAUCGUCUCAAUGUUUUUGGAUUUCUUAACCUUGAAACACCAGAAGUGCCCGGUAAUGCCGGACUUAAAGAUGCUGCUACAGCCCUAAGAUGGGUGAAACAAAAUAUAGAACAUUUUAAUGGUGAUUCAAACAAUAUUACAGGAAUAGGAGAAAGUGUAGGUGCAAUUAUAACUACAUUAUUAUUGAUUUCUAAGAUGACUCAAGGUAUAUUAAAAAGAAUAAUCGGUUUAUCAACAGCUAUAUCUGACCAAAUGAUAGGCGAUGAUCAUCUGGAAAAAGCAAAAGAUAUUGCUUCAAAUUUAGGAGAUAAUAUAAAUAGCUCUGAAGAAAUACUUAAUUUGCUUCAAGACUCUUCUGCUGAAGAUUUAACUAAAGCUUUAAUGAAAUCAGUUUCUCGUGCAAAUAAAUAUGAUGUACACAGCUUAGUAAACGCAGCAGUUGAAAAGGAUUACGAUACUGUGGAAUCAUUUUUGGAUGAGUAUCCUAUACAGUCGUUAUUAAAUAAUAAUUAUUCUAAAGUUCCAGCUCUUAUGAGUAUGGCAACCCAUGAAUCGGCAUAUUUUAUAACUCAUCCAUUCGGACAAUAUCAAUUUAACAAAGAUAUAUUGAAAUUCGUACCGAAUCCUGCAUUAGAAGAUAAGGAUGCUGUACAAUUAUCGGAUAUGGAGAAACAGCUAAAAGAAUUGUACUUUCAAGAUAAAGAAAUCGGUCCUUCAACACUAGUGCAAUACUUAGAUCUAGUUUCAGAUAUGUAUGUUACCAGAGACAUAAUAUAUACAGCAGACUUAUUUUCCAGAAACGACGAAUUCUAUUUUUGUAGAUUUGCAUACGACAACUCGCGUGUUAUGAAACGUUUAGGAGUAAAAGGCGCUACUCACAGCGAUAUAUUACAAUUUCUAUUUUACACAGAGAAGAGAAGAAACUCUUUUAAUGAACAAGAUAUGAAACUUGUUGAUAUGUUGACUGAGGCCUUGUGUAACUUCGCAAAAACCGGAAAACCAACAUGGACGGGGCAGGAAAUAUCGUGGCCAUACUAUAAGAAAGAUGAAAGAAUAUGUUUAAAUAUUGAAGACAGAAUGAGCUGUGUCCCAUUACCCGAAUAUGAUAGGUACACUAAACUAAUUAAUAUACUUAAACAGAAGCCAAAGAUACGAAAACGUUAACAAGACAAUUUUAUACUAACGAUUAAAAUCAAAUCAAAAUAUCUUUAUUCAUAUAGGUAAACUUUUACACUUAUAAACGUCAAGAAAAACAAAUUAAA